AUGGUUGUCGUCACCGUAUCUGCGGCCGGCAGGUCGUCGCUGCUGAAGGGCUUGCCAACUACUGUCGAGUUCGAGAACAAGAGUGCCGACGCGGUGACCGUCGGCGAUGUGAAGGCGGCUGUUGCAGCUAAAUACCCCAAACUCUACGUUGAGAGGCAAAAGCUGUCUUUGAAGGAUGACAAGAAGGCACUGGUCGACGAGGCUACUCUCGCGAGCGUUGGCAUCGCGGACGGUGCGGAGCUCGCUGUGAAAGAUCUUGGCCCUCAAGUCAGCUGGAGGACUGUGUUCUUGGUCGAAUAUGUCGGGCCGCUCAUCAUUCAUCCGCUGUUCUACCAUCUCCCACAAUACAUCUAUGGUGGCCCAGUCCAGCAUAGUGCGAUCCAAAAAUAUAUCUACGCUAUGGUCCUUGCGCACUACUUGAAGCGCGAACUCGAGACAAUAUUCGUGCACCGAUUUUCGAAGUCAACCAUGCCCUUCCGCAAUAUCUUCAAGAAUUCUGCGCACUACCAUAUUCUCGGAGGUCUCUUCCUCGCGUACCCCAUCUAUGGCCCUACGUACUCGGCGCGCUCGCCUUUCGUGCAAGGAACCUACCGAGAUGAUCCCAACUUCUUGCUCGGCAGCGUCGCGUUCUGGCUCUUCUGUGAACUCUCGAACUUUAAGACGCACCUCACUACCAGUAACUUGCGACCCGCAGGCUCUCGCAAGCGCGCCGUACCGUACGGCUAUGGCUUCAACCUCGUGUCCUUCCCGAACUACUUGUUCGAGUCCCUCGGAUGGGUGACCGUCUCUGUUAUGACGGGCAGCUGGGCCGCAUGGCUCUUUACGGCAGUGUCCGCUGGCCAGAUGUUGAUCUGGGCGCAGAAGAAGCACAAGGCGUAUAAGCGUGAGUUUGGGAAGGAGUUCCCGCGCGGGCGCAAGGCCAUGAUUCCUUUCCUCUUUUGA